UUGUUCACCCAGACUCGUCUGAGCACGGAUGUGUGCUGCUGAUAUUAUUUGAAUUUUGUUACUUACAUAUACCUAACUGAAUUUGUUCGUUGAUCAAGAGAUUAAAGUGAGAAAGGUUGUGUUUAUAAUGUCAACCGAAGAUAUUAAUGCGGAAAAGGCUGUGGCCGCCACUCUUCAGACUUACAGACUACAAAAUUCUAGAUGCGUUGAAGACCCCACGGCCGAGCUCAAUGUCAACUACAUCUUGGAGGAGCGGGAGACGCUGGCCCUAGAGUUUGAGCACGAGGAGUCCAAAAGCGGAAAAUGGAUUUUGUUUGUGCGGAUCAACUCAAUGUUUUCUAUGUGGACGAAGUCCUGUUAUCUUUACAGGGAAGGAAAACUUGAAGGAGUCACUUCCUUGAAAGCAUCGACUGCCAAGGAUAACCCUCGCAAGACGGGUGAUGACAAUGGAGUGAUUAUCUUCCAUUGUGGUCCAAGCGACGACAAGGAGAAGAUAUUACGUUAUGGUAUGAACAUCGUCAUGCUCCUAAAAUACUUUAAUGACAAAGGCUACAUCCCCUACAAAACCAAUGAGCAAUCGGCUAAAGGGACUCGGGCAACUGGCAACCAAGUUAACUGCUUGUACAAGCUACCGGUGGCGCGUAGGUGGAGCGAGUACCAACAGCCUGGGACAGCGCGCUUCUGGAGCAGAGAUCGUGAAACUUAUACGCCAAGUUCCGGAAACUGGCGAUCAAAAUCUAACACUAGUCACUUGGAAUUCUGGCGGUCAAAUGACAGCGAUCGUACCUCAUGGAGGUCACCUGCUGCGGGACAUCACGCCGUAGAAGAAGUCGAAACCGUCGGCCAACACGACUCUCCGACGUCCAGAUUGGACACUCUUUGGUUGACAGAACCUGAGGAUUUCUACAAAAGUCGCACUAAGAAACCAUCAGAGGUGGUGGGUCACUGGAUCACUCUGCAUCCUUCUGAUAAGUUAGACUCCGCUUGGAUGAAGGCGCGUAAGCUUUUUCGUGAUGGAGAACUACCAGAAGACGUAGUGUGCGUGCAAGCGUCUACUCAGCUUCAGAACUAUAAGAAUAACGGCAGAGGUGUCAUUAAGUUCAGAUGUAUCAUUAAAGACGAAAAGGAGCAGAUGCUGAUGGUGGGUAAACGUCUUGCCGAGUGUCUUGAGUUGUCAAACGAUACCCGGCAAAUCUGGCUCCAGAGUGGGCGUGGAACUUUGAUCACGCUGUAAUUGAAGGAAUGCAAAUGCAAUUAAACGUUGAUGUGUAAUUUUCUCAUCUCUAGUGGAUUUCCACUGAGCAAGAAAUUAGGGUGCUGAGUU